AUGGAAAAGCGUUUGAUGAAAACCGAACAAGUUCUCUGCGCACUGUUGGCUCAAGUGUCAGGGAACCAACUGGAAAGAGCAUUUCGUGAUAUUCCAAAAGCCGGCCUCCGAUCGACUGGGGGUGCAUCAUCGGCCCAUGGCGGAGCAUCAAUUGAGGUGGUCAAAGGAGAAAAGUUUGGCCCUGUGUACUGGGGCUCCCAUCCUAUCGACUCAGCAGAAGCUGUUCAGCGUUGGUGGGCAGACCGAACCUCGAAAGAACCAAGCGAGACGUCCAAUCGAGAUUCUCACGCGUCCGAGGUUGCUGCUACGAACGACACGCCGACUGAUAACACACUAGGCGGCGAUGAGAGUUACGGGGAUGAUGAUAUCGAGGAGUCCGGGGGCACGACGCGCGCAGAAAGCAUGGAAGAAGAUGGAGAAACUCUCAUGACAGACCCGGGUAUGUCAAGCGCCUCGGGGAUACGCGACACGGGCGGAGGAACUGUUGGGUUACUCGCAGCAGGGAUGACGGGUUCUAGAGCCAACCUCGACACGAGAACGAGUGAAAAGAAGCGGCAGACGCGCCCGCCAGUUUUGGAAAGUUACGAAAGCGCAUUCCUUUGGUAA